CAUGGGCAAAGGUUAGAGGCACAGGGAGUUGGGGGCAUGUGGUUAGCCCGCCGCCUGCUCUACACGCGGGGCCUGCGUUUGUAGUCAUGCCUGUGGGGUAGAGGUUAUUGCUUCCUACGUCUCUUUCCCUCCCCUUCACACACACGCGCGCGCGCGCGGCGAGAGCAUGGCGACAACUCCGCGAGAGCAGAAAGAGCUGCUGGCUCUGAUACACCAACAGCUGGUCCAGAUGGGUUAUAUGAGCGCAGCCAAGGAGUUGCUGGAGCAGAGCGGCCAGAAGUCUUUGCCAUCAUCUCAUGUUUCUUUGAAAGAGAUCAUCACUCAGUGGAAACAGACUUACUCACAAAUUCCAAAACAAAAGACCAUAGAAACCAAGAGAGGCACUCCAGGAAAGCUCAGAAUUCCUGACCCCAAGAGCAGCUCUGAGAGCUCAGAGGAGGAAGAAGCAACACAAACCAUAAAAAGUGUGCCAGCUAAUCUGCGUGGGAAUAACAGCACCAAGCCAACAGUAGCUAAAGAAAAGAGUAGCAGCGAAGAUUCAUCUUCAGAUUCAUCUUCAGAAGAGGAAGCAGUUGCCAAGAAGACUGAGAAAACCCCUGUGGCUGGAAAAAAACCUGAAUUACUGAAAUUGGCUGUUCAAAAUACUAAUUCUGUCCCAGGAAAGGGGGUGACUGUUGCUGCUGCCCAAGCAAAAGGAGAGCAGAACAAAUCUGUUUCAAAUAGGGCCUUGCCUCCUGCUGCGAGAAAAGCAGGGCCAAAUAAAGCCCUUUCUAGUAAAGCAGGGACUCCUUCACAGUCCUUGAUUUCAGGAGGACAAAAAACAACACAGACCACAAAGACAGCAGAGAGCUCUGAAAGCAGCAGCAGCACCUCAUCUGAGAGUGAGGAAGAAACAACUUUGACCACAGUAAAAGUCCCACCUUCCAAACCAACUUUAAAGAGGGCGAGGAGCACAAGCAAAGGCUCGAGUGAUGAUUCUGACUCUGAGGACGAGACAAAAGCACCAACAGUCCAGAUUAAAACAGCUGUGAAAAAUUCCCCAAUCACUAGUCCACUGCUGAGCAAGUCACCAGUCACUCCUGGCACUUGUGCAAGAAAUACUGUAAAGGUAACCGCAGCAAAGCCAGCCAGUGCAAAAUCUGGAAAUGCAAACGGAAGCCCAGAAUCAACAGACACUUCAGAAACUGACUCAUCAGCUAGUGAGACUAAAGCACCUGCUUCAGCAUCACAGGCCUCCAAAGCACCAGGGAAAAAUGCAGCAUCAAGUCCAUCAAAGAAGGCAGUUUCUGCUUCUAUUCCAUCAAAAUCCACUCCGAAGGCCACUGCAACCCACUUAUCAAAACCACAGCCUCCUUCAAAAGAAGCCGAGAGCUCAGGCAGUAGUGAAUCAUCAUCUGAGAGUGACAGUGAGACUCCGCCAGUUCCCAUAAGUCAGAAGGCCUCCACAGCACCAGGGAAAAAUGCAGCAUCAAGUCCAUCAAAGAAGGCAGUUUCUGCUUCUAUUCCAUCAAAAUCCACUCCGAAGGCCCCUGCAACCCGCUUAUCAAAACCACCGCCUCCUUCAAAAAAAGCCGAGAGCUCAGGCAGCAGCGAAUCAUCAUCUGAGAGUGACAGUGAGACUCCGCCAGUUCCCAUAAGUCAGAAGAGAUUGUCAACUCCAAGCGCUUCUGUGAGGACCAAACAAAAUCAGGCCAAUCAGCCUGGGGUCCUACCCAAAGCUUCACCAGGUGCUUUGAAGGAGAAGGAAGCACAGAAUGAAAGCAGUAGUUCCUCUGACAGUGAGGAUGAAUCUGACGUUACACCAAGCAAAUUGCCAGCACUAUCUACCCCCAAAGCAACUCCUGCAGCUCAAAGUGUAUGUACAGUGAAGCCUCAGCCUCCAAAGGGACCACAUCAGAAAGCCGAGCAGAGUGAAGAUAGCAGUGAAGAUUCAAGUGAUGACUCUGACUCAGAGGAAGAUGGAGCAGCCACUCAGAAACCAGCUCAGGUAACAGGUCAACCUGCUACCAGUCCUGUGAAAAGCAUGACAGCCAAGAAUGCAGGGCUCACAUCAAGCAAACCUCAGCCAGCAGGAAAAGCGGGGACAACCUCAACAAAACCAGGAACUGUCCCUGUUUCAAAAGCUUCUGAGAGCUCGGAGAGCAGCAGCUCUGAUUCUUCAGAUGGCAAAGAAGCUGAGAAGUCAGCAAAGCAGCCUCCUAUUCACCCCUUUUUUAAACUGGUGGCUGGCAAAGUAGCCGUUUCUUCAGGAAAGAGUGUACAGGCUAACUUAAGUACAUCCAGUGGUGCUUCCGACAAACCCCAGGGAUCUGCCACAAAAGCAACAGGGAAGAAAGAACAAAUCCCCUCCUCAAAGGUUAAACCGAGCCAGGGACAGGCUCUGACUGCUAAGCCCUCUGGAAUCACCGUAUCUGAGAGCUCCUCAGACAGCAGUGAAGAAGAAGAAGAAGCUUCGACAACAGCCAAGCCUCCGACACAGCCUGCCACCCAGCAGAAAGAAGAGGCAAAAAAAGAAUCAGAGAGCUCAUCUGAGGAGUCCAGUGAUGACGAACAAGAAGCUUCUCAGUCUCUCUUAACAGCAAGCCCUCUGGUCUCCAAACAGGGUUCUGUCAGUGCUCAAGCAAAGUCAUCUGGGAUGCCAGCUCCUGCUGACAGAGCAUCAUCAACUGACAGCUCUUCAAGUGAUAGCGACGAUGGGGAAACUCUCACACCAAAAAAAGAGAUCACUUCAUUGCCUUCUUCUGGAAAGGAAGCAGCAGCUGCUAAGGGAAAGGAGGCAAAGAAACAGGGCCUGAAGAGCACCAGCUCCAAGAAAGCUGCAGCAAAGGCUCAGAGCAAUGGCCAAGCCCAAGAGACCUCUGCCGUACAGUUGCCAGAAUCACUUGCCCCAUUGUUCAAAGCUCCCGUUGGGAACAAAGAAAAGGACACGGAACAAGGAAACCCAGAAGGUGCCCAGGCAAAGUCCAGGACCUCGAAAAAUGUAAAGAAAGAGAAGCCAUCCAAGAAACGGAAACUGACAGAUGGGGAUACUGGCCCUUCAAAGGGCAAGAAGCGAAAAAUGCAGAGUGCGGAAGAGUUAAAGUUAAAAAAGAAGAAAAAGAAAGCCAAGUCUUCAGACAGCAUCAAAUCAACAAAGAAAAAAGACAGCAAAGAAAAGAAGUCUGAUAAAAAGAAAAAGAAGAGCAAAAAUGUGGAGAGACUUGAUGCAGAUGGGUCACAGAAGAAAAAGAAGAAAAAGAAGAAAACGGAUAGCCUUCCAGAAGAGGCAUGAACAUUGGCUUUAUCAUUCAACCUGAAGAAUGGAAGUACAUUAAUUAGAAAAUAAUUAUUCAUUUAUAUUUUUAAACAACAAAACCAAAUGUCAGAGAUUGAAUUUAAUUUAUAACUAUUUUUACUGAUGACUUUUAAAGCUAAGAAACUGUGAGCUUCAAGUAACCGGGAUAUGGGCUUGAUAGAAGAAUUCAGCUUGUAUCAUUAAAUGAAAUGAUCUGGAUGUCUGAAGAGGUCGCUCAGAAGAGUCAAAGACAAAAAGUUGGCUUUGUUUACUGAAAAUUUUUUACAUUGCUGUUUCUCCUUCGUUUCUUCUCUUCCUCGACACUUAAGAGUUAUAUUUUUAAAGGAACACCCUCAUCCCUUCCCUCCUGCUAUUUUUUUUAAAAUCAACUUUUUAUUUUCAUUUUCAAGAAGGGGCAUCCUUUGUCUCUCUUUAUGUCCAGCACGUUCAAAAUUGUGUUGUCUCUGGAUUGGCUUUCUGUCUCAUCCUUCCUCUUUUUAUUAAUAAAAGAUAAAAGGUUUCGACUGGAAAAA